AUGCGCAUGAGUGAAGAUGACCUAGCGCUCGAGAAGGCCAUUAUGAGUGGAGACACGGAUCUGGGUGAGUUAUAAGUGGGUACCACUGCGGAGAACUACAGCUAACUUUAAGUAUAGUGAAUGGGAACAAUUUUUGAAGCUCGUUUUUGUUUCGUCGUAGUCGCAAGAGCCGACUUAUAAAAAGAUCUAUCGUAAUGUUGAAAUUGUACCAAAGGUUCCAAAAAUUUAGAAUAAACUCUUUCUCAGCUUAAAAGUUGGCGUUACACCAGCGGCGUUACAAGCUGAGACAGAGUUUCAAACCUUUAAACAUUUUUGAGAUUGUUUUGUUGCUCAUUAUUUGGAUCUUCCCUCGCCGUUGACACAAUUUCAAGGAUAUUUCAACCAUCUUGAUCCUUACAUGCUCUCCUCCAAUGGUAACAGCUUUCUCUGGUCAGGUGAUCAAAAUUGAUGGAUCCAAACUGCCGUCAUCCAAAACCCGCCAAAUUGUUUUUCCCCUGUAUCUAGAUAACAUUUCAUUUGUGUUGUCUUUUUUUCUCUUUCUAGUGUAUAUGGUUGUUAUGCAUUUGAAGGAUAAUCUAACUCUUGGUGAGUUCUUGAUGGCCAUACGUUACCAUCCUGUGGCACUCAGCCUCUACAUCAAGGUGAGUCUAUGAAAAAACGUUGUGUAAAUAAGUGCGUAUUUGUUCAAGGCUUCAACCAGGAGAAAAUCCGCCUUUAUUUGCCAGGAGACAUUUUUCCUUUCUCUGUUCAUUCUUUAACGUCAUAAAAAUGACGUUAAAAUGUUUAAAACUUAAGUGAAGGGGUGAGAGGUAAAGUUUGGAGCGUUUUUAAUCUCAUUUCUUUGAAAUGUCGGAGUCGCGACAGUGAAAAAUGGCUACGUUUCUAUUUGUUUUUUUCAAGGUCCCGGAGAAUCGCACUCAAGAAACAGAAUUUAACUCGCACAUUUCUCGUGUUUAAACUCGAAACCUUUACCAAAAUUCGUUCUAAUCAUAACCAGUGAUAUCUAGUACGCAUGGGCUAAUUGUUCCUGUCUAUUUCUUCGUUGUAAAUAGUGGCCCUCAAUACAUGCAGUGACCACGUGACCAAAGGAGACAUAAGACUACAAGUUAUCUGUUAUUUUUCACAGGGAUCGUACAGCGAACAAAGCGCGCGCGCCUGAAAAUCGCAGCUCUGCAGGAAAGGCCGUCACGCGAAGGGUUAAUUAUUAGUUGCGUAACGCCUGGCGGAGCGGUUGCUUUUAGUCCUGAACCAAAAGGAUCACAUCCUUGGAAAAGAGAUUGGCGCUCACCUUAUUAUUCCUUGAGAAAUAAGAGGAAAUUCGUUAUCUAUGAACUGUUGCCGGCCAUAGAAUAGAAUCAUCGUUUUGAUAUCUCUUGUCACUACACUUGACAUAAAAUCUGAUUUUCUUCUAUUUUUAUUAUUUAGACAAUAGAAUCCAAGAUGAACACAUUGUCCAAAGCACAGAUGUCUUAUCAGCAAGGAGGAUUUCAGUUCUACUCAAAGGUGUGUGCUCUUCACUUUGUUGCUUUGAUUUAAAAUACUUCAAACUCCUUCAACGCUAGAGCCACUCAUUCCUUACUAUGUGGAGAAACAGCAGACGGAUGUUAUGUUUUGUCUAGUAAUCUAGGAUACGGGAUAAACGUGCGACAUUCGUUUCAAAAGCACCCAGAAACUCUCCACUCCUCUCGCUGUGUUUCAUUAACAAAUACCUUGACUGUGCUCUGAACUGAUAUAAAUUACGCAGGAGGAAGCGCCGGGCUAGUGUACGAAAGGCCGAGUGUAGGGGGACGCACAAGACUUAGUCGAGAGUGUUUAUCCCUAGUUCUUAAGUGCUUUGUAACAUAACGAAGCACAGUAAAGGUUUCUUUAUUGGUUUUAUGAUAAAGAAUCCGUUAAAUUCACCACGCAGUACUUUCUAAUUUCCGAAACAAACUAUUGGCAGAUGGCGUGAAAGCUUAAGCUCCGUGUUUUAUACCCCGAUAAACACGCUUUGUCAUCCAAUCAGAGUGCGCCUUAAAAGAGUGUUUUCACAUGACGUCAUGGCGGCCAUAUUGGUGUCCCAAACCCAACCUCUGGGAGUUGAACUCUUUUCUUUAUAUGCAAACGCUAUCUUUUGUUCCAAAAAAAUUUGCAUAGAUGCUGGUCACGUGAGUGAAAACACUCUAUAUCUGAACAAUAUUAUAAAUAUUAACAAAACAUUUCUUGUCAGUGAUGCAUUGUAUGCACGCCCGGUUCAAUUUUCCAGGAAACAGAAGAACAAAUGAAACUCAUGGAAUAUCAAGUCAAACUAGAAGAGAAGUACAGAAAGACAUUUAUGGAUCUGUCCUUGAGCGAUACUAUCUACCAGGUGCGAUCAGUAACAUACUCAACUGUGUUAGCCUUUACUGUAGAUUGAGGCCGGUUAACUGACCACCUACCCCUCCCCUAAGUCAACAUUAACCCCUACUUCUUAUUUAGGGACAAAUUGUAACUUAAAGGAGGGGUAGGUAGUCAGUUACUCAAAAAUCUCAAUUGAUCCAAAAAUCGUCUGAAUCGUAGCUCUCGUUUGAAUGAUCAAAAUUAAGAUGUCAUUAAAUAAAUGCUUAAUAAACAGUACCGCUGGAAAUCUCUGCCAAGUACAAGCUUUCAUUUGAAUGGCCAUACUAAAAGAUUGCAUCUACAGAAUCAAAUCUUAGAACUUGGAAUCAACAGUAUAUGCAGGAAAUCUCUGUUCAGUAGCUUUCGUUCGAAUUGUCGUUCUUUAAGAUUUUAUCCAGACUUAAAGUAGUUAAAACCACCUUGCAAAGCACAGUAAACCGGUGUAGAAAGUACUAUUAAGUAGCUUUCUUGAAUGUCAAUUAAUUCCCACAGACUAUCAUACUGUCCUGGGGUUAGUUUCUAAGGAUUACUUUAUACUUUUCAUUGCAUACUUCAAGGAGACCUAAAAGUCGCUGAGCAACUGAAAAAGGAAUUCAGGGUUCCGGACAAAAGGUUUGUAACAUCUUUUUUUUAUCAGAGACCGCGUAAACAACGAGACCUUUGACAUCCAAGGACCUUUUUUUGAAACAGCCUCUAGGUGCACCACGUUAAUCUAAGGCUUGCUUCUUCACACCGCUGAUUUGUGGCCUGUGCCUUUAAAGGUGACGAGAAAUGUGGGAAUUAGGGCGCGUGGGGGAGGAGAAAAGGAAGGGUUUCCGUCCUUUCAUAUCCUCACGCGUCCAUCGCGUUCUCGUUCGCGUUCUCAGCCCAUUAUUGAAAUAGUCUUUAGUUGCACCAUGUAGUGUUAAGUUUUGUUUGUUCACCCCCCUGAUUUGUAGCCUGUGUCAAGCGUUUGAAAGGGAGUAAAGGACCGCCGGAUCGCAAGUUAGGUUUUCCCGAAACCGGAAACGGCUUUGUACCAGAGUCGAACCUUUCUACAACGGCUCCCUUUAGAGAAAAGUGCCUUUUCUAGAGGCGUUGCCAUUGUGGGGAAUAAGGGGGCAUCUCGGAACACUCCGGAUACCCCCGGAAUAUCCCCCGGAACCUGGCAGUAGGUAAAAUAAAAAACACGAAAAGAAACCCUAACCCCACUGCGUAAGAUAUUAAAUGUUCAAGAGUGAAUGUACGGACUGUCUGCCGGAAUAAAAUGAUGGUCGUCUUGGAAAGAUGGUCGUUGGUACAGAUUCGUCGGUAUUUAUCAAAAAGCAUUUAUUUCUUUUUUUAUUUUUAAAGACUACGUUCAUGAGUUUCCAUAACUCAGUGAAACAUUGUGAAUAAACAUUCCAGUGUGCAGACGCUGUUGAUGUUAUAUACAUUGGUCUUUUACAGCCAUUUUUUGAAGCUUGCCUGGAAUCCAACAAUAGAUCAGAAUAGAGGCGGAGAAAUAUGUCUCCAGAGUUCUUCCCGGGUGAGUUUAUUGAAGUUUUUACUGUACUUAAAGUGCUGGCUAAACAAACUUGCCUGGUGUAGUGGCACUUGUGUUGCAACUAUGCCGAUCAUCCUUUCACCCCAGAACCAAGAAGCGCGCACUGAAUCCGCUGACCACAAAACCCUGGGCGUAUACAAAUUCGUAAGUGAUUGGGAACAAUAACUCGAGUUCUGCACUGCUAAUUGAUGCUACCCUGAGAAAAUAGCUGACAUUUUGUGACACCAUCACUGGUUUCCUCGCGAGCUUGUCUGAAGAAUGUUUGCAGAUAUUCCAUACUGAUAUGACGUGUAGCUUUCUAUCAGUAAAAACAAAAUUAACUGGUUUGUUGGCUAGGACUCGCCCUUUUAUUCCCGCUUUGAUUUUGAAUUAAAUAUUUUAUUUCGGGCCCGAAACGUUACAGGGAAUUUCGAGAAACUAGCUAAUCAUGUUCCACCUAUUUAUAAACGACAUUUUAAUUUUUGUCCCAGGAAAUACGAAGAUGCGGCGGAAACAGCUUUUUCUCAGAAAAGCGAGGAGGACCUGGAUCUAGUCCUUGGAAAAUGUGCAACUUCAAAUCGUCCGUUGGUGAACCGCAUUCAAGAAAUGAAGGCUCAACUGCGGCAAAGACGGUAA